UCAGAAGACCUGUAGAACGAACGAACGAAGGAAGAAAGGAAGGAAGGAAGGAAGGAAGGAAGCACUGAAAGCCGAUAGUGAGCGCACCCAAACUGAUCAUCAGUGUCCUGGGGGCCUUUCGAUCCCAACUUGAGUACUACUGCGUCAACGCGACAUGGGAGGCGACCGAAAGCGUAACAACCGGAACAAGGGCCCGCCCUCGACUACCGACCCGGCCAAGGGCGGCCCGCCCCCACCUUCGCGCCCACCCCGUACUCCCACUGUCCGACCCGAACCCGUCGCCCAGCAGGCUAUGGCAGAUUUAUCCUUGGCCGAGACCCGCCCACCCACAGCCCCCCCGUCCCAAGCGCCAAUUCAAAUCCAGAUGAAUCCGAGCACGGCUUCAGGUCGGGACAAUACGGCCUGGCGCGUGCCGCAUUACACUAGCUUAGAGGAGAAGAGAAAGCAUCUGGGCACACUGGGGAAGAAAGUGCGGGUGCGGGUCAACCAUUUUGAGAUGAGAAUCAACUUGAAACACGUGCACCAUUACGACGUGACCAUCACGAGCGAGGUGUGGAAGGGGCAGGAAGCACGCAAAGGCGACCGAGACUUGUGCUUCCGCGCUUUGGAUGCCUUCAAAAAGAAAUACGGCCAAAUGUUUCCCAAGCCGUUUGGCGUGGCUUACGAUGGGUUCAAGCAAGCCUACAGCACCCACGUGUUGCCCUUUGGCCCGUCCAAAAUCUUUGAGGGCUUGGUCACCGUGCCACGGGUGGCUGAUUUACCGGACACGAUCGAGCUCAAGAUCAGACUUAAGCAAUUGGAGAAGGUGGACAUUAGUGGCGUGCUCCAAGAUUACAUCCGCCAUGGCACGACGUUGGACCGCCCUCAAGAUGCCAUCAAUGUGGUCAAUAUCAUUUUGAGCCACCUACCCCAACUCACCAAGAUGACCGUGGGGCGAAGCAUCCUCAAUGAGGAAAGUCCCGGUCGAGUGGCCGAGAUUGGCGGGGGCAAGGUGCUCUGGACGGGCGUGUUUCCCACCUUUCGACCGGCUUGGAAGUUCUUCCUGAAUGUGGACAUGGUGAACAAGCCGGGCUACGAACAGACCGACACCUUAGAAUUCAUUCUGAAGUCCCUGAAUGGUAUGCGAAAAUACCAAAAGAGGAACAUGCGACAACCCCGAGACUUGGAGGACUUCAAGGACAAGUACAUGAAAAUGGAUGCCGAAUCCGAGAUUAAGAAUUUGAAAGUGCGCUUUCACCGGCCUGACAAGGCCAAGCGUGAUUACAAAGUCAACAAGUUUGGCCCUGCCGCCAACAAACCGAACGUGAUUGACAAGGACGGCAAAAAGAUGUCCAUUGAGUUCUUUUUUGCCACCGAGUAUAAGUGGAAGCUCAACUACCCCGGCUUGCCCACUUUGCACGUGGGCAAUCCUAAUGGGUCCAUUUACCUUCCCAUGGAACUCACUGAAAUCAAGAAGCAAGUGUGCCCCAUGGCCAAGAAACUGAGCGACGUGGAAACGGCCUCCAUGAUUCGUCACACCGCAGUCGCUCCGGAUAUCCGACAAAAGAAGAUUAACGAGUCCUUGACCAAACUGAGCAACCAUUUCUCCCAGGACCCUUAUGCUAAAGCGUUUGAGGUAGAGGUCUCCAAACAGAUGUCUGUGAUUCCAGCUAGAAUUCUUGACCCUCCGGGAUUGCUGUACAAGUCUGCAUCGGGAGACAUGACAGUCAAACCUGCAUUGGGAAAAUGGGAUGGCAAGUAUAACUUCCUUACUAGCGUUUCUCUCACCAAUUGGGGUGUUCUCAAUAUGAACCCAAGGUUGACUAGACAGGCCUUGUCGCAAUUUGUGGAAGUUCUUUAUUCUGAGGGCCAAAAACGAGGGCUAAAUAUUGACUAUCCCGAGUAUCGCAACUUUGCCAGUAACGAUCGAUUCCCCACACCGGAAAAAAUGGAGAGCGAAUUUAAGGCUCUGGUCGAUACCGUGGAAAAGGCGAAAGGGAAGAAGCCUGAGCUAAUCAUGGUGAUAAUUUCUGCCCGAGGAACCAAUGAGUAUAGCAUCAUCAAACAUUACGGGGAUAUGGUACUCAAUAUUCCGACCCAGUUUGUGCUGACGAAGAAUGUCGAACAAGCCAAACCUACCACUCUGCACAACAUCUGCUUGAAAAUAAACUCCAAAUUAGGCGGCACCAAUUUGUCUCUGGACAAAAAGGCGAUCCCACCUUGGAUGAACAAGCCAUGCAUGAUCAUGGGAGGUGAUGUGACUCAUCCCUCACCAGAUAAGAUGAAUGACACGCCUUCGAUUGCCGCCAUUGUGGGCUCUCAAGACCCGAAAGCAGCAAUUUACAACCUGGAGCUUAGUCUUCAACGCCGUGGUCAGGUGGUGGAAGUCAUUGAAGAAACAGAAAGAAUGGUCAAGAGUCUCUUGCUUAAGUUUUUUAACUCUUCUGGAAAGAGGUACAAGCCUUUUACGAUUGUUUACUACCGUGACGGAGUGUCUGAAGGGCAGUUUGAUGAUGUCUUGAAUAAGGAGCUGUCCGCCAUUCGACGAGCUUGCACCUCUCUCGAGGCUGACUACAAACCUCAUAUUGUCUUCAUUGUCGCCCAGAAGCGCCACAAGACACGAAUGUUUCCCGAAAACCCCAAGGACACUUUGCUAAGAAGCAAGAAUGUAAUGCCCGGCACUGUUGUGGACCAAGAAAUCACUCACCCAACGGAGCACAACUUUUUCCUGGCCUCUCAUGAAGGCAUUCAGGGGACCACCAAGCCCACUAGCUACCACAAGUUAUGGGAUGAUUUGAACAUGAGCUCGGAUAGCCUCCAACAGUUGACCUUUUAUCUAUGCCAUCUCUACUCGAGAUGCGAGAGAAGCGUGAGCUAUCCAGCCCCAACUUACUACGCCCAUUUGGCGGCCGAGAGAGCCAAGUGCUAUUACAACGCACUCAUUGACAAAGGCCAGAACGCUGAUAAAGAGGCCUUGAGAAAACUCACCGAAACCCAAUUGAAGAACAAUUUCAUUUAAGCUCAUGAGGGCUGUGAUUUUGAGAGCUUGUCUGUGGUAACUUACCUUCAAUUUCUUGUCAUAUCGGUUGACAGUCUGAGCGAAUUCCACUUUUUCACGUUUCCCAACCAAUGACUUCAGACUAGGUUUGUCUUCCAGGCCAAUGUAGUCGGCAAAGAAAUUUCGAUUCAGGGAGUGAGCUCGUCUCUGCUUCUUCUUAUAAGAGAAUUCUGUGAAUGAAAUCGAAACCAUUGUCAUGAGCGAAUACGAAAGUCAAUAAAAAUACAUUUUAUUUUAAUCCACAAU